GAAAUAAACAUCCGGUUCGUGAUGUUUUGACAUUUUUUACUUAUUUUUAAAGUUAAAAAUAUCGCAUGGCACGAUACCUUAAAUUAUAAGUAGUUUUAGGUGAAGGAAGACUCAAAUAGCAGUUUUAUCUUGGACAUAAAAGUCUGUAAACGAUGACGAUCGGGUGGGUUACCCUCGAUGUCGGUGAUCAGGCGUUGGUCUACAAUCAUGAAGGAGUUGCACGAACAGAAAAUGGACCUCAACGGAUGUUCCUUUGGCGUGAACGCUAUGAAGUUUUAAAGCGAAAUGCAGCUAACCAGAAUUCCUAUCUUGUUGUGCAGUACAAGGAUGGGCGAGUGGAGCAUAGAAAAGGGCCUUGUGUUAUGUUCACAAAUCCCUUAGAGCAUUAUAAGAUAGAGAUUCGCAACAUGGUCUCACUGGACGCAAACGAAGCAUUGGUCCUAUACAGGGAAGAUUCCGAAACAAAGAAUGUGACACGAUAUGUCCAGUUUGGCCCCACUCUUGUCAUGCCCCAGGCUAAUGAAUGGUUCCAUUCCUUUAGCUGGCAUGGUACGGAUCCAGAGAACAAGACUCAGUUGAUCCCUAACGCUCAUCAGUUCCAGAAGCUUCAGAUCAUUCCAGGACAGUUCUACUACAAUGUUGAUGAAGUGCGAACAAAAGAUGAUGCCCCAAUCCGAGUUAAGCUGAUGGUAUUUUACGAGUUAAAAGACAUAGAGACCAUGCUGAAUGCCACCAAAGACCCAAUAGCAGACAUUGUCAACUGUGUGUGUGCUGAUGUUGUUGCCUUUGCUGCCAAACACAGCUAUAUUGAAUUCAUGGAGAAUUCAUCAGAACUCAAUGACCUUGCCAAUUACCCUCAACUCACGGAACGCAGCAAGAAGAUCGGAUAUGAGAUUUCAAAAAUGGUGUAUCGUGGGUACCAUGCUCACCCAGAACUGCAGAGAAUUCACGAUACAGCAACCCAGACUAGGACAAGGCUUAAACUGGCUUAUGAAAAGGAAGAGCAGCAGCAGAAUAUGACAGAUCUCAAGCUUAAAAAUGACAGAGAUCGUCUCAAUCUGGAGCAAACAAUGGAAAUCGAAAGUUUAAACCACAAGCAGCAUAUGGAAAAGGCAGCAGUAGAACACCGACUUGGUCUGAAGGUUCAGGAGGAGGAGAAAAAGAGGGACCGAUGGACAGAGGAAAAAAUGGCCACUCUGGAGGCCAAGAAGGAGGAUGAUAAGGUAUUCCUUCAGCACGUCGGUGAACUACGCAACCUUGGGGUGGAUCUAAACCAAUAUUUACGAUCUGAGGCCCAGCAACCACAGAAAGUCAUCCGCAUCGCCGCUGCAGAUAAGGCAGCCAACUUCCACCUCCACCGCAAUUAGACAAUUAAUGGGUCGCUCAACAGAGGAACUAAGGCUCAACAUG